GUUUAAGCUCGCACGUCUGCCGUUCUGAAUCAGCGCCGGGACUGGGAGGCAGUGGCACAGGUUGAAGCAUUCUUUUAUAGUAAAAAGUUAUAUUUCAUCACGGUCAAAUAUGGCAAAUCCACGAGUUUUUUUUGAUAUCACUAUGGAAGGCAAGGCUGCCGGCAGAAUUGUAAUGGAGCUGAGGGCUGAUGUUGUCCCAAAGACUGCAGAGAACUUCCGUGCCCUCUGUACUGGGGAGAAGGGCUUUGGCUACAAGGGGUCUGGCUUCCACCGUGUCAUCCCAGACUUCAUGUGUCAGGGCGGUGACUUCACAAACCACAAUGGAACUGGGGGCAAGUCCAUCUAUGGCAACAAGUUUGCGGAUGAGAACUUCACUUUGAAGCAUGGAGGGCUUGGCACCCUCUCCAUGGCCAAUGCUGGGCCCAACACCAAUGGUUCCCAGUUCUUCAUCUGCACAGCAGACACCAAAUGGCUGGACGGUAAGCAUGUGGUGUUUGGAAAAGUCGUUGAAGGGCUGGAUACUGUGAAGGCGAUGGAAAAGUGUGGCAAUUCCCAGGGCAAGACCUCCAAGAAGCUUGUCAUCGCAGACUGUGGUCAGCUCUGAGCCCCAACAAUGCCCCCCCACCCACCCAAAAAAAUUGCUUGUAUUUCCAACCCAAUUUUUCCUCCCCUUCAUGUUCACCUGAUCCUAGUAUGAACGUGCUAAAUUUGGCUGGCCUCAAGACUUAUAAAUAUAUAAUCUUAUGAUUGGAAUUUGUUUUUCAUUUUGGGAAUUCUACAAGUACCAUGGCAGAUUUUGUUCAAAGAAACCUGAAAUAAAGAGGGAACAACUUUUUGUAAAGAUGGAAUCCAUACUCUUGAAUCUUGGCUAUGACAUUUCCUCUUAAAACAGCAUUAGCAUUUUAAGAUUUUCAUUGCGAUGCGAUUUGAGAACAUUCAUCAUACACUUGAUCACGAUUUCAUUCCUCAUAAUGAAAGGUGGCCUGCAUGGAAUUUGCAAGGCUUGAUUUUUAUUAAUUUUUUUUUUUUUUUACAGAUUUGUUAUCAGUCUGAAUUUAAUUGUCUGCUGUGCUUAAGCCUUGGAGAUUGAUUCUGAGCUGCAGUUUUAAAAGGAACAUUCAGUGCUUGGUCUGAAUUGGUUAGUUUUGUACGUUACCCCAAAAAUCUCUUCCCCCGCCCCCCAUGCAAGUUACUGUAUUCGCUACACUGCUAAAGUGUAAAGUGGACACAUACCGCCUCCACAUCCUGGCUUCAUGUGCUUUGCUUGCUCUGUUAAAUCUGGUUCUGUGUCUGAGUUUUGCAGGUGCUUUAGAAAAAGUUCUGCAAUGUCGGGGAAAGAACGCAUCAGGCGCACAAGCUCUGAAACGAUAAAUAAAAUGAUUCCAAACUCAGUGAAA